AUGUAUCUCUCUCCUUUCCGGCAAAAGCACGGAGGAAAAAGCAUCCGGCGAGAAGACUUAAGUGACAUACUCAAAAGAGGAGUGUCCUCAGGCAGUGGGUCCAGUCAAGCCCGCUCGGCAGUUCCCGCCGCAGCCCCCGAGAUACAGCCAGGGCCGGCGCGCGCAGCCGGGGAGGAGGGUCGGGGAAUGAGGCCGCCGGGGGCGGGACGCCGGCUCCCGGGGCCGCCUCUCCCAGGGCCAGAGGCGAGCCACUCGGGACAACUUCCUCUUAUGCCCCUGGCCCGGGCCCUCGACUGGGUUCCCAGGAGCCGAACCUCAGAGGAUCCAGAACGGCAGCUGGUCCUUGCUGGGCUGUUCCUGUCCAUCUGCCUGGUCACGGUGCUGGGGAACCUACUCAUCAUCCUGGCCGUCAGCCCUGACUCCCACCUCCGCACCCCCAUGUACUUCUCCCUCUCCAACCUGUCCUUGCCUGACAUCAGUUUCACCUCCACCACGGUCCCCAAGAUGAUUGUGGACAUCCAAUCUCACAGCAGAGUCAUCUCCUAUGCAGGCUACCUGACUCAGAUGUCUCUCUUUGCCAUUUUUGGAGGCAUGAAAGAGAGACACGCUCCUGAGUGCGAUGGCCUAUGACCGGUUUGUAGCCAUCUGUCACCCUCUAUGUCAUUCAGCCAGUAUGAACCCGUGUUUCUGUGGCUUUCUAGUUUUGUUGUCUUUUUUUUUCUCAGUCUUUUAGACACCCAGCUGCACAACUUGAUUGCCUUACAAGUGACCUGCUUCAAGGAUGUGGAAAUUCCUAAUUUCUUCUGUGACCCUUCUCAACUCCCCCAUCUUGCAUGUUGUGACACCUUCACCAAUAACAUAAUCAUGUAUUUCCCUGCUGCCAUAUUUGGUUUUCUUCAGAUCUCGGGGACCCUUUUCUCUUACUAUAAAAUUGUUCCUCCAUUCUGAGGGUUUCAUCAUCAGGUGGGAAGUAUAAGGCCUUCACCGCCUGUGGGUCUCACCUGUCAGUUGUUUGCUGAUUUUAUGGAACAGGCGUUGGAGGGUACCUCAGUUCAGAUGUGUCAUCUUCCCCAAGAAAGGCUGCAGUGGCCUCAGUGAUGUACACGGUGGUCACCCCCAUGCUGAACCCCUUCAUCUACAGCCUGAGA